GUCCAAUCAAUGUAGAAAUAGCAUUUAGUCAUACUUGAGAUUUUGUUAUAUCUGCACAUUUUAUAGAGAACUAAUUCGGUUCAAGCAUCAGUCCAUCGUAAACUGACAAGUGAAAUAGUCGUUUAAUAUCUGUUUAAUUCGAAAUCAUGAAAUUAUUAUUAGGCUUCGGUUCUGGAACAGAGCAGUUUUAUGGAUUGCAUAGAAGCGUUAUGUUAACAGUGCUACAAUGUAGCACUUUGGCCCUGCCUCAAAGACCCUCUGAUCGAUUUUUUCCGCAACGAUUGCCUGGAGCAGGAAAUAAUGGAAACCCCUUUUUACCAUCGACCAACAAUAAUCAAGGAAACUUGGGCAACAAUAAUCAAGGCAACUCUGGAAAUAACAACAACAUAGUUUCGUCGACAACCGCUGCUCCGACUACAGCGACAACAGCAUCUCCACAAUUUCUGUCAUGUUUACAGAGUUGUCCAUCCACAAUGGAAUACAACCCAAUAUGUGGUUCGGAUAACAUAAAUUACCACAAUAACGGCCGUUUAGUAUGUGCCCAAAGAUGUGGUAAAAAUGUAUCGGCUUUGCGAUCUGGAAUCUGCAAUCCCUAAUUGGCUAACACAUGCUAUCUUAAGAUAUAAAUUGUUUACGUUUCGGAGACUGUAUUUGAUUAUUAUAAACAAAAAUAAUUUAUACAUGUAUUUUUAAAAUUCAAUAAAUUAAAUCGAACUUAA